UGAUCUGCUGCGAUAUAGUUAUCGGCGCUGUCGUAUGCGCUCGUGUAGCUGACCAUGACUUCGAACCAAGCGCAACAGACGACGACGCCGUAUAGACUGACAUCUCUGCCAGACAAGCAUGCUGUGGCUGCUGAAUACGCAGGCAAGCCGCUAACGGCACUCCGAACACCUGCCCUGGUAAUUGAUCGCGCCGUGUUCGCCGCCAACUGCGCAAGCAUGCAUCGGAAGGCGCAAGAAUGGGCUACGAGCUUCAGGGCGCAUGUCAAGUCGCACAAAACUGUCGAAGGAACAAGGUUGCAGUUGCGGACUGCAGUGGAUUCAACAUCGGCCGUGGUCGUAUCCACUUUGAUGGAGGCCUGGAAGAUACUCGAAUCGGGGCUCGUGGCCGAUGGAACAGUCACUGACAUCUUGUACGGUCUCCCCGUAGCGCCGAAUAAAAUCGCGGAUUUGGACGCAAUCAGAGGAACACUGGCGUCGAACGGGGCUGUAGUGCGAUUGCUGAUUGACCACACGGAUCAGAUAGAGCAUCUAGAGCGAUUCGAGUCUGCAAGGUCAUCGCCGGGAAGUUGGUCAGUGUUCGUCAAAGUCGACGCCGGGGGGAAACGGGCGGGCGUAAUUCCUGGUUCCGCGAGGUUCGAGACAGUCGUGCAGAAGGCGCUAUUCUCGCCGGCUAUCCAAGUUUACGGGUUCUACUGUCAUGCUGGGAACUCCUAUGCCUCAACAUCGCUCGACGAGGCUUCUAGCUUCUUGUCGUCUGAAGUAGAGGCUGUGAACACUGCCGCUGGUUUGGCGCUUGCUAUUCUUUCUGGAUCUCCAGGAGCGCAGCCUCGGACUGAUCCUUUCGUAUUGUCUGUUGGUUCAACACCAACGGCACAUGCAGCAUCCGCGGAGACGAAGGCGAAGCUAGAGGCAGUGUUGAAUGGAAGACUGGAGCUCCACGCAGGAAAUUAUCCCUUACUAGAUCUGCAACAGGUGCAUACCAGCCUAGUGGAUCACCCUCGGAUCGCACAGCGUGUGGUGACUACAGUGAUAUCGUAUUAUCCUGGCCGAGGCGAAGGAGGAGUCGACGAAGCACUUUGUGACGCCGGAGCCAUAGCGAUGAGCAAGGAUACGGGGCCGAGCGGCGGAUACGGCGAGGUCAUAGGCCUCCCGUGGAAGCUGGCGAAGGUGUCCCAGGAACAUGGUAUUCUCCGGCCGACAAGUUCAGGUGCGGAGCCACUGCAGAUUGGAAGCGUGGUGCAGGUUGUCGGACAGCAUGCUUGUCUCACCCUGGCGGCGUACCCAUGGUAUUACGUGGUUGACAGCGGCAUAGAAGGAGGAAAUGCAGUCGUGGAUGUUUGGGUUCCGUGGAAAGGGUGGUAGUCCCGGGUUGUCAAUGCUUGUGAGAUGUAAAUAAUUUGAAGUCACCAAGAAAAUCGAGACGAC